AUGACCGCAUGGCUGCGCAUGGGCGAUGGCUGCCUAGGCUGUUUGCCUUGGCCCUGGCCGUCGAAGCCGCAUUUCGACGCCCUGGAAGAAAAAGUGGAGGAGGUUUGGCGACGGGUUCUGGCGCUGCCUCCCGGAGGCAUACGUCCAGAAGAUAGUUUCCUCGAGCUGGGCGGGGAGUCCCUUCUUGCGCUCAGGGUCUGCGCAACGCUCCGCUAUGAACUUGGUGGGGAGGCGGAGCCAGAUGAAGAUGUUGCUCCUGGUGACGAGAAGGCUCCACAAUUUGGGCAUGUUUCUGGCGCAUUCGCAGUGGCAACACUACUCGCAGCGCCUAGCUUCCGUGCGUUUUGCGAUGGUCUGCGGCGCGGCGGCUACCACGUGCCAGGUGACGGAGUGCCAUGCCAGGGCCCGGAGCAGAAGCACCAGGCAGGCACAGGAAUGGCGAUUUUUUUGCAGCACAGUUGCAGUUCAUUUAAUUGCGGGACGUGCAGAGUUCCAGCUUGCUUGGAGCAACUGCCGGGCCCGUUCGUUGGCCUUGCGGGUGCCGGGAACUGUCUAUGA